UCAGAGAAGGCUCUCUGCACCCACCUUCGUAGCGAGAACUUCUUGGCAUUAAAUGGUCUCAAAUAAGUUUUGUGAUAAUUAAAUUAAAUAAUUAUCUAGUCAUAAAGAUAUAUAUCAUAAAGACGCUGCGUUGCUAAUGGCUUCAGAGAGCGAGCGCGACGAUUUCCAGCAAAUUCUGCAACAGAUCGGUGGAAAAAGUAACAUCCAUUUAAUCAGCGCUGUGAGCGGACCUGAUGGAGACAGCGGCAUUUUAAAGGACUUUAUCGCUGACAUGUUUAAUGAUAACAUGCAUGAGGAAACCACCGACUGUAUUGGCAGCAGCAACGGCGAAAUUAAAAUCCAAAACCGGGAUAAAACUGACCCGAUCGGUGCUGUUCAAACACAGUCCGAUCGAUCAGACCAGAGUUCAUUGAUACAUGCUCAUUGCACUAAAAGCGUAAAACCUGAAGAGCACAAGAAUAAAACAGUGAUUUCAAGCAAAAAUAUCAGCGGAGAGAAGAGAUCUAUUAAAUGCUCCGUGAUAAUAUUCAUCUUCCGACAUGAAUAUGUGUGCAAAAAUGAUAAUAAAGUCUGCUUGCGCGAGAUCCUGAAGGACGUGCGAGCUCGCGUAAAGAGAAACGCGCUUAGCCCGGCUCUGCUGGGACUCAUUCACACUGACUGUAGUCGAUCACAGAACCGCGAGUCAGUGGAUUUACUAGAUCGAUCCCUCCGAUCAGUGUUUAUCGAUUUCCCACAACAAGCCAUAUGGACCGGCCAUUACGUCACGAAGAACCCGGAUGUUCUCUACGCGAUCAAAAUUAACGCCUGUAAAGUUAUCAAGUCUUCAUUGUACGGAGGCAGUAGCUCUGACGAUAAAGGCGGAAUGAUCUGGCCACUGACGUGUUUACCAGGAAUAUUCAGAAAAGGCAAGAGAGGACAGGCUGACAUAAUUUCUCGUAAAUGGCAGCAAGACAACACACAGACCACUGAAGAAGGAAUACCUUUGCAGAUAAAGGCAACGUCCCAAUGACAGCUAGCUACCUUUCCGAAUAGAUCAAAAUGGUUUAAAAGAAAGCCCAAAACUGCGUGACUGUGUUCUACACAGGUGAUAUACUCUUGCACUAUAACUUACCUCUCAGGAUUAAGGCAAACCAGAACUGAGGACAAUGAAAGGCUGCUACAGUAUUACUCAUGUUUUUAGAAGGAUAUCUGGUUAUAAUUACUAUAGUAUAAAGUAAUGUUUAUUACAAAAUAGAAAUCUGAUGUGACAAAUACACUGUGACUGCAAUGUAUAAACUACUUUUUUAUUCAGUUAACACUUUGCUACAGCUGACCAUGUGAAUCAACAUGUUUCAUUUCUUUAAAUAUAUACAUAUUUAAAAAAUAAAUAUAUAGGCUCUAUAAAGAUGUUACUAAUGUCUUGUGCAACAGUAUCUUGACAUUCCUUUUUAUUUUGUUUAAUUUGUUGUUAAUAUUCUUUCUUGUUACACUUUUCAUAUCUCAAUUUACCCAAGCAAUAAAGAGAAAAUCCCAAAUACUGCUUAUGUCUUACUAAAAUGAAUAAAUCAAAUACUGCUGUCAACUAUUUGUUGUU